AUGUCUUUGAAUAAUGAAGUUAUUCCACGUAAUAAACCAUUCAUACGUGAAAGUGAAUCUCAACGCGUACGAAUGCCAAUCAAUGAUUCUCACAUUUUGAAUCUAGCUCCUCCACCUUCAACAGCUCUCUAUUCCUCAUCAAAUGUUCGCCCAUCGGCAAUUCCAGGCAACUUCAACAUGGCUCCACCACCCUCUUCAUCGGUCUCAACAUCAUCCAUGCUAGGUGAUGCGAUGUCAACUUUUAACAAGGAACGUUUACACGACGUUUUACAACAAGGUCUUGGCACAUAUGUAUAUAUCGAACACUAUGGGCUUGUUCCCAAACUAAAUCAUUUCUAA